AUGGUUAAAGAACAAAUUCAUCAAAUACAGACGGAAGUAUGGAAGGAAAAGCACUUGCAAAAAAUUCACACAAGUUUAAAGCCGCUUCAACACUGGAGUGUAACAAGGCGCAAUCCAUGCGUGCGAGAGAUAAUAGCUAACCUGGUAAAUUUGUUAUGCGGAAAUGUUCCAGCACUGGUGUUAUCAGCUGUAAUAGAUAACGAUACUGAAUAUGUAUGUCGUGUAUGCGGUGAAUAUCUGCUUGAUGUUGGAAAACACUUUGUAAUGAACUGUUCAGCAACGAAUCUAGAGCGUAACACAAUGUGGGACAAAUUAAUGGAUAGCCUUCCUAUACAAAGCAUGUGCUAUAUCCACAACCUAGAAGAAGAGGAUAUUUAUACAGUCCUAUUAAGUGGAAACUGUCCCUCUCUUACCACUGAGGAACUUGAUAGAUUUCUGACAAUAACAGCAGGCGGAAUAUUCAACAUAUUCCUCAAAGUGCGUGAUCUCAAUGCGAUACAAGUUAACGAAUAA